AUGGCAAGCUGCAAGGCAGGGAGUGUGGGCGUGUGGACAAAAGCGGCACCUCUGCUGCAUAUCCCUUUGUCUAGCACCUCUGCUGCAUAUCCCUUUGGGAUCCCUGCAAGCAUCAUCUUGGAUGCGCCUGGGGAGUGGGUCCCGGUGGCUAACCGCCCCAAGUCAGCUCCUCCGCUGUUCAUGGUGAAUGAGCACCCGCGUAACCCAUACAGGGGAGAUGUGAACACGACGUGCUACCUCACGUUCGUCAAUAACAGCGAGCGCGCCACCACUGCAAUGACCGCGAGGAAGCCGUCAGAUUGGGAUCUCCCACAUGUCUCGGAGGACGACGUGUGGGACAAAGGGUGGCACGUUCUGCGCCCACGAGACUCGCUGUUUGCACGGCCCGUCUACGUUGCGUCGCCGGCCGGCCCAGGCUGGGAUGAUGAUGUCCUGCGCCAACAGAUCUUUGCCCAGACAUAA